AUGGAAAACAUUUGGUCCUGCAUCUCGCCCUUAAUCAAUUGCUUGACACCUUGCGCUGGUGAUUGGAUAGCUGAGCAAGUCAAUCAUGUAAUCAAAUUUGAGGAAAACCUGGAUAGAUUAAAGUCUGAUUUGGUUGAAUUGAAGCGGAUCAGAAACGACCUGGAGCCACAGGUUGCUGUUGCUGAGGAGCAAUCAAUGAUGCAGCGGCUGGACAAAGUAAAAGGAUGGCUUUCAGAUUUUCAAACCAUGGAAACUGAAUUAACUGAAGUGAUAGAAAAUGGCAUCAAGGAGAUUGAGAAGAAUUUUUGUUGUGGAUGUCCCAAGAAUUGCUGCUCAAGGUACGAGUUGGGAAAUAAAGUAGCCAAAAAACUAAAAGAUGUUGCUAAUUUAAAGAGCAAAGGAGUUUUUGAAGAGGUAGCUCAAAGGUUACCUUCACCUCCAGCUACGGUAAGACCCAGUGAAGGAAUAAUAAUGGGCAUGAAAAAUAAUUUAUGUGAGAUUUGGGGGCACCUCGAAAAAGAAGAUGUGGGAAUCAUCGGCUUAUAUGGGUUAGGAGGAGUUGGGAAGACCACUCUGCUAACUGAAGUCAACAACAAGUUUGUCAAUACAACUCAUGAUUUUGAUGUUGUGAUUUGGGUAACGGUGUCCAGUAAUCUAGAUUUGGAUCAGGUUCAAGAUGACAUCGGAAAAAAGAUAGGACUUUAUGACGAGAUAUGGAAGAAUAAAAGACCAGAAGGAAAGAAAGAAGAUAUAUGUGGAGUGUUGAGCAAAAAGAAGUUUGUUUUGUUGUUGGAUGAUAUGUGGGAGCGCCUUGAUCUCUUAGAGGUUGGGAUUCCACUUCAAAACAAGCAAAACUCCAAGAUAGUAUUCACAACCCGUUCUAAAAGGGUGUGUGGCCAAAUGGACGCUCAUAAAACAAUUGAAGUGGAGUGUUUGCCAUGGGGGGAGGCUUGGGAUUUGUUCCAAAAGAAGGUUGGUGAAACGACCCUUAAAUCCGAUCCAAACAUACCUGAGCUAGCUAAACUUGUUGCCAAAGAAUGUGACGGCUUGCCACUUGCACUUGGUACAGUAGGUAGAGCCAUGGCUUACAAGCAAACACCCCAAGCGUGGAAGCAUGCUAUUAAAGUGUUGAAGAACUAUGCUGUGCGAUUUCCAGGUAUGGAAAAAAAGGUGUUUCGUCCUUUACAUUUAAGUUAUGAUAGUCUACCUAGCGACACAGUGAGGUCUUGUUUCUUAUAUUGCUCUUUAUACCCUGAAGACUCGUCUAUUCCUGUAGCGGACUUGAUAAACAAAUGGAUUGGUGAGGGAUUUUUAAAUGAAUGGAAUGACAAUGAAGAUGGAGCUGAAAACCAAGGGUAUGACAUUAUUGACACACUUCUUCAAGCAUGUUUGUUGGAAAAGGUAUCUAGUGACUUUGUAAAAAUGCAUGACGUGAUACGUGAGAUGGCAUUGUGGAUAGGUCGUGAAUAUGAGAAGCAGACCGACAAGUUUUUGGUGCGAGUAGGUGGGAGGGAGACUGAAGCACCAGAAAUUUCAAAAUGGAAAGAGGUAAAGAGGAUGUCAUUGAUGGUAAAUAAAAUUGAGAGACUAAUAGGAACACCAACAUGCCCUCAGCUCACAACUUUGUUUCUGAAUGAAAAUUCUUUGAAGAUGAUCAGUAGUGGCUUCUUCCAAUCUAUGCAUGCUCUCAAAGUUCUAGACCUGUCAAGGAAUACAUUUUUAGGUGAUUUACCAUCAGAAAUUGGUGAAUUGACUUCAUUGCAGUAUUUGAAUAUAUCUAGAAUAAAUAUAAGUCGGUUACCAGUUCAGCUCCAAAACUUGGUAAAUUUGAAAAUUUUGGAUAUGGAAAGUACAUUUUGUGGUCAAACUUCAAUACUCCAAGUGAUAUCAGGUUUAUCAUCCUUGCAAGUGUUGAAGAUUUCCGGUGUUAACAUCAACAAUGAAGCUUUGGUAGAGAAAUUGGAUGCUUUGAAAUUCUUAUAUUUUUUGAAUAUGACAAUGACAAAUGCCUCUGUUUUCCAAAGAUUUAAAAAGUGCCACAAGUUACAGAGCUGCACUCGAUAUUUAUGCUUGGAUUCCUUCAGUCGUUGCAUCACUUUCAAUAUAUCUUCUCUGCAAUAUAUGAAAUGUCUAAAUUCCCUUCAUGUCAGAUUUUGGGAUGAUUGUGAAGAUUGGGAGAUUGAUUGGAAUGUAGAAGGAAAAGAGAUAGAAACUAGUAAUAAUCCCCUCAACUCUCACAUCAGAAACCGACCAUGCUUCCAUAGCCUUCAUAGUGUAUCUAUAGAGAGAUGCCAAAGGUUGAAAAAUGUAAAAUGGCUUAUCUUUGUUCCAAACCUCAAGUAUAUUGUUAUAGAGUUUUGUUAUAAGAUGGAAGAAGUAAUUAGUAGAGAUGAAUGGAUGGAAGCUGCAGAGAAAGGGAAAAUUUCAAAACCAUUUGCAAAACUGGAAACUUUAAAGUUUCAUUUUCUUCCACAACUAAGGAGCAUCUACCACAGUCCCCUGCCCUUCCAUUGCUUGAAACUCCUCGCGGUAAACGAGUGUCCAGCGCUGAAGAAGCUUCCACUCAACUUUGAUAGCGCUAAAGAACAUCGAACUGUCAUUACUGGAAGCAGAGACUGGUUUGAUAAGUUGGAAUGGCAGGAUGAAGCCACAAGAAAUGCUUUUCUUCCAGGUUCCCAAAUUAACCGAUGA